UAUUGCAUCGGCUUGUUGUGUCUGUUAGCUAACGCGUAACUACUUUGAUCGCGGCUACUUCUCUGACGUGUAUGUGUUGUAUGAGCAGUGGACAAUGUCGACCCGGGCUCUGCGGAGGCUUAAAGGGAAGCAGCGGGGCCAGGAGGCCCUGGACCUCGGGGAUCUAACUUUGGGUGACAGCUCGGAGGAGCAGCUGGACUCUGCGGAUGUUUUUCCUCCGUCUAAUCGCAAAGACAGCAGCCGAAAGGCAAAGAAAAACAAGGCUCAGAAAAACAUCAGCAACAUUUAUGAAUUGAUUGGUGACGCAGACAAUGAAGCAGAGAACAUCUCACCUGACGAGGAGGUAGAAAAGCCAGAUGGAAAUAAAACAAAUUGCUCUGAGAAAAAUGAUGUCAGAGAAUCGGAGGAACCAGAUGAAAAGCCAGAGGAAACUUCUACAAAGCCUUUGUCUGGAGACAGAGUUAAAAAGAAGAAGAAAAAGAAAAAGACAAAAGUGACGACAGAAGACGGACAGGAGGCUGUACCAAACGAUAAUAUUGAUUUAUUGCUGCAAAAUCUGGAGCAAUCCAAUGGUCUGAGUUUACAAAAUGAGGAUUGCAGCGGCUCUGACAGAAGAUCCGUGCUGCAUGUGGAGCACAGGAACCUCAACCCAGAGACGGAGCUGAAGAGAUAUUUUGGGGCUCGAGCUGUUCAGGGGGAUCAAAGAUCUCGACAGAGAAACCGACAGUUUCACCGAAGCACCUGGAUGACAAAUCCUAAGGAGAGCUGGCCUCGUUUCAGCCGCCCAGGAAUCUCAAUGACCCUACUGCAGUCAAAGGAAGGCGUUCAGUACUUCACCUUUGAGCACGGUCGGCAGUACCAACAAGUCCAGUUCAAGUUCCUGGAUGCUGUCGAGUCCAUGGACCCCAACAACAUUGUGGCGUUGCUUCAGCUUAACCCCUACCAUAUCGAUUCCUUGCUGCAGCUCUCUGAUGUUUGCCGCAUACAGGAGGAUCAGGAGAUGGCCAGGGACCUCAUCGAGAGGGCCAUGUACAGCUUUGAGUGCGCCUGUCACCCGUUAUUCAGUCUGACGUCAGGUAACAGCAGACUUGAUUACCUGCGUACAGAGAACAGGGCUUUUUAUCUGGCUCUUUAUAAGCACAUGAUGUUCCUGGAAAAGAGAGGAUGCCCACGGACGGCAUUGGAGUACUGCAAACUUAUUCUGAGUUUGGACCCAGAUGCUGACCCGCUUUGCAUGCUCCUGCUCAUUGACUUCCUGACGCUGCGCUCCCGAGAGUACCGGUAUCUCCUCCAGUUACAUGAGGACUUGGAGGUGCACAGAAAUCUGUGCCUGCUGCCAAACUUUGCGUUCUCCACUGCACUUUGUCAUUUCCAUCUCAGUCAGCAGGAAGAUGUGGAUCCUGAAGAAAGUGAGAAAGACAAACAAAAAGCUGACCAGAUGCUGCAGAAAGCUCUCAUCAUGUUCCCCGGAGUCUUGAUUCCCCUGCUGGAUCUGUGUACUGUGCAGCCAGACGCCACAGUCAGCUCACAUGCCUUUUUUGGCCCAAGGAGCCAGAUUGGGCAGCCCCCAGCCCUGGCUGAACUGACUGCUCUGUAUGUGGGGAGGACUCACAGCAUGUGGAGGGAGACGGCAGUAAUGUUUUGGUUGGAAGCGACUGUGAAGGAGGUGUUGCGCCGAGUUGAUGCCAAAGAUCCGCUGGUAGACGACUGCCAAAACAAAAAGCAGAGGUACAAGUGUGCGCCAAGGAACAUCCAUCGCCACGUCCUCCUCUCGGAGAUCAAAGAAGCCACUGCAAGUCUGCCUCCCGAGGCGACCAGUCAGCCUGUGAUGGGCUUUGACCCUCUGCCUCCACUGGACUCGGUGAUGUCGUACAGCCGGCCAGAGAGGCAGCACAUUGGUGCAGCCAAUGAAAGCACAUUGUCGCUGUUUUUCCGGUCUUUGCUGCCAAACUUCAACCUUCAGGGUGGACCCAGGCAGGAGGAUGACAUGGAAGUUGCUCGAGCUGGACAGGAGCUGAACCAGGAAGUGAAUCGUCUAAUGGUGGCAAUGAGGGACAUGCUGGCCAACAUCCGGUUUCAAGAGCCACCAAGAGAGGACAACCCCUACAGAGAUGAAGAGUGGGACUGAGAGGAGGACGACAGAGGUGGAAAGAAGUAAUGACAUUAAGAAAACUGAAAAUAUUUAAUGGUGUUGGUGGCUAAUAAUUAAGAAGAGAGGAAGUGAAACAACAGUUAAAAAAAAGAAGCUAUUGUCAGUUCUCAGAAAAUUAGGAAGGAAUAUGUGACUUAAAAAUGACUCUGGGACAAUCUGAACAGAAUGAACAUUCAUAAAAUGUCAGUCAGAAAACAGAUGGGUUUGUUGGGCUGCAUAUGAUUCUCAAGUUGACUUUUUUUUUGUGAUGAAUGUUUAGCAGUUUCAACAUCUCCAGUCAUCGUCAGUGAACCCAGAAUGCAUUGGGGCUACUCUGGCUUUCAGAGAGUUCACUAACAGUAGACUGAUUUAUAAAAUAAGAGCCACAUUGAGAUGGAUCCUAUUUUAAAUGAAAGUCCUGUAUCACAAAUUCAAAAUUUAGCUCCGCAGCACUUUAACAUGUUUGUUUUUUUUGCCACAGGAUAAGAAAAAGUUUCUAUUUGCAUAACAUUGAAACACGUAAAAGACUUUUUUUAUAAAUACCCUCAUCAGACCACAGUGCUUUCCUACCAAAAAGUUUGCUAAAAAGUUUAAAAAAUAUGACAAGGGUUCGAAAAGACAAUAAUUACUUGAGUACUAAAAACAAUGCUUCAAUAAAUUGCAUUAUUUCUGGAUCUUUUUCUGAAAUUUCAUUUUCCAUGAACAUUAAUACAUUUGAGUCUUUUUUUCCUGCUAAUCUCUAAAUUAAAACUUUCACAAUGCUGUUAUUCUUCUGUUUUAUCCAAUGAAGAAAUAUAUAUUUGAUCACAUAUUAAUGUCAUUGGAAAACCCCAGUCUGAGAUCCGAAUUACAUUUUCUAUUCGCCUGGUUUGGAUUCUUGUGUCGGUCUUAUCUCUGCUGCAGGAUGUCUGUCAUGUUCCCUCGCUCAAUUCCACUUUUCAGUUUGAGUUGAUAAAAACAAUAAACCAAUAAAACAGUACAACUUUU